AUGUUUCCAGGUUGCCCUAAAAACUCCUUACAGCACGUGUCUAACGCGCUGUCUUCUCACUGCUACACGUGCCAGUCAGGAGUGAAGCGUCAGUUGACAUUGUCACAGUUUGUAACAGGGCCUACAGCUGCUGAAGAUGGACCCCUCGGAGCGGAGGCUCGAAUUGACAGUCAGCCAAAGCGGACAAAGAUGAGAAGUCACUUUGAAGUUCAAGGUGUUGUUCCGUGUGACGACCGAAUUAUCCUAGUGGACAACCGCGGCGUACCGUUCGCAGAUGACGACGGAACAAGAGUUCUACCUCGAUUCUAUACGAGAGACGGCACCGAUCAAACGAAAACGAGCUUCAUCGGCCACCGCCUCGUCAACAGCGAUCGGUUACGGCCAACUGCAGUCGUUGAGCUCGAGCAAUCGUGCCUCAUCUCCGGAUAUGGAUAUCCUUUCAAGAUCGACGGCGAAGUAGAAGACGCGCUAACUCAUCUCGGCGGCCUGGAGUCCAGCUUCGAACGAGUACACGAGCGACUCGAGAACAUCGAAGACAAGAUGGAGCAAUUGACUCGCCAUCGGUUGCCAUCGAAACGACGCACUGAAUCGAAAGCAGCGACAAUAGCAGCAAGAAUGAUGCGUUGCAAGAUUUGCCACCUGCUCAGCAGAAGUCCGAUAGCAGUGUCUAUUUGCUGCCGACAAUGGCUCGGCUGCGAACGUUGCUCUUCUCAAUGUGGGCGUUGCCCACUCUGCAACGCUACGUGGUCAGACGACAAACGUCCGCUGUCUCUUCGCGGUUUCGACGACAUGAAAGAGCUCAAAAAAGAAAUGCGAAAUGAACUUGGGAGCGACGUAGCUUACGACGACAGCUCGUCGGACACGGAACUACCGAUCAUGUUACCAUCUGCCACAACCCAAGGUGUCGGUGCCUCCUCGUCACACAGCUUGACUGCAGAUGUGAACGUACGCGCCGACAAUGAGAGCCCAGAGAUUAUUGAGUGACACAUUGACAUAGUCUACCUAAUUAAUAACUAGCUCUAGCUGUAAGCCGCGCUGUUCUACGUUAGCUAGUUGAGUUAGUUCAAUUAAUUGAGUUGAGCAAAUAGAGUUCA